AUGUCUAACGAACUACCAUCACUGGUUCUGGGCGAGCUCGUGCGCUUAGCCCGCACGCUUGUACCAUAUCCGGAAGACCGUAUUCCCCUUACGCUCGCCAAUGCGCCGUACACGACGAUCCAAUUUAUACCAUUCUUGACGAUGGCAUAUCUGGCCAGACGACCAAACACAUACAUCCUACGCCUACUGCUCCUACCCAUCCUCAUCGUGACCGCUCUGCGUGCGGCUUUCGGAUAUGUCUGGACCGACCCGCGACUAAACGUGUAUAAUUGGGGUGCAGCAUUAUACUGCCUCGUCCUGAUUGGCAAAGGACUCGACUGGGCACUCGUGAAGGAGGGGCGAAUCAAGCAGGGAGAGCGCACGCCUGGCGCGAUGGAGGAACCCGCUGUGGCAAACAAGGAGCAGACGGAAUCAGCGCCGGGAGACGUGUCCGCGCGUAAGCGCCCACUCGCCAACAUCCUGCCCCGCGGUAUGGAGGAUGCACUCGAGCUCGCGUUUGCGUUACGUGGAUUGGGAUGGGACUACGGUCGCGACGUACCCGUACCAGCCUUCACGCGUCCGACAGAGCCCAAAGCCUACCUUCGUGCAACGGCGAAAUCCUUCCUUAUCAAUUUCCUCGCACUGGACUUCCUGGAGUCUAUGAUCAAGCUCGUACCAGGAGUGGGCUCAGUUGACGGAGCGUCGAUCUUCCUGCCACAACUUCCUCCCUUGCAGCGUUACACGCUAUCUACCGCGAUUCAUUUCGCCACGGGCUUCUCCCUGCUGGCCGGCUUUGGGAUGGUAUAUGACCUAUGCACCCUUAUCGCCGUCGGCGUGCUUGGGCAUAGCCCAACGAGUUGGCCACCCGUGCUUGAUGCGCCAUGGGCCGCCGAGUCGCUACACGACUUCUGGGCACGUCGGUGGCACCAACUUCUCCGCCAAACCUUCUACAUCUGGGGCGGCCGACCCGGACGCGCGCUCUUUGGCAACAUCGGACUAGUGCUGGGUACUUUCCUCGCGAGUGGCUUGUUCCACGAGUGCUCAAUGUACGCGAUGGGCAAGGGAUGGGAUACACGUGUACCGGUGUUCUUCCUGUUGCAGGGAGGCUCGGUCAUCGGGGAGCGUAUUUGGAGAAGGGUAACGGGGCGCAGAGUGGACGGUAUCCUGGGCACUGCAUGGGUAUACUUCGACAUCGGUAUCCUCGGUCAACCCCUCGUCGAUGCUUGGCACUCUCGCGGCCUCGCCGGUGGGAUGGUCAUCCCACCUUUCAUCAGUCCAGCGCGUUUGGUCCUUAUACCUGCCGCUCGGGCCUUAUUGAAGGUCUAA